AGGUCGGGGGACGCCGCUGAAACCGAAAGUGCUGUCGCUGCGGGCGGCUGGCCAAGUUCCACUCACCUUCACCUGUGCGCGCCCUGCUUGACCCAGGUGGGAGCCAGACGAGCAGGGAAACAUGAAUGGACGAGUGGACUCUUGGGUCAGGGAGGAAGAGAUCAAUCUGACCCGAGGACCUUCAGGGCUGGGCUUCAAUAUCAUCGGUGGGACAGAUCAGCAGUAUGUCUCCAACGACAGUGGCAUCUUCGUCAGCCGCAUCAAAGAGAACGGGGCUGCAGCCCUGGAUGGGCGGCUCCAGGAGGGUGAUAAGAUCCUCUCGGUUAAUGGCCAAGAUCUAAAGAACCUCCUGCACCGGGAAGCUGUAGACCUCUUUCGAAAUGCAGGCUAUGCCGUGUCUCUGAGAGUGCAGCAUAGGUCACAGGUGCAGAAUGGGCCAAUAGGAAAUCGAGGUGAUGGAGAACCAGCUGGGAUUCCCAUGUCCAUGGUGCUGUUGCCAGUGUUUGCCUUCACCAUGGUAGUAGCCUGGGUCUUCAUGAGAUAUCGGCCACAACUUUGAAAAGCUUGUGUUCUUCCAGUGCUCUUGAUGAAGAUACAGUUCUCUUUUCACCCUUCUCCCCCUGCCAUUCUCAUAUCUCUCCCUCUCCUUCUUUCUGCAAAGCCAACACAAGAUUUAAAGAGACUACCCCCAGAACCUUACUGUUGAAGUUUUCCAAAUCCUCACAUUCUAAUGGGAGAGUAAAGACAUUGUUUGAAGGAAAGCUGGAAAAAAGACUUGCUCAGAACAAAUGAGGGGUUUUAGAGUUAACUAAGACCGCCAGUGGAAAUUCAGCUACAACCCAAAGAAGGAAAGAUCCAUCCUUUUCAUUACCAUGGUUGAUACCUUUCUUCUUGGCUGGCAGAUCUCAGAGGCCAGCUGUGGUCUAAAAGAGAGAAUGUUUUCUUUUUAAUGUUCUUCCUUGAGAAGUUUUGUGGCCUUUAUUUAAUUUCAAACAUGUUUGGGUGGCUAUAGCAAAGAAUGAGGAAAGCACUUUUAUUUUUUUUUAAGCAAACAUAUGCACAUAUGCCUUACAGAGUUGAAAGAUACUUUGGUUUCUAGGUUUCUGAUGUAAGUGAUUAAUCUCAAUCGAAUUUUAUAUGUAGUGAGAAUAAAAAAGUGAGCCCUAAAUGAGGAUGCUCAGUAAAAGUCAUUAAAAUGAAAAGAAAAUUGAAGCAGCAAGUUAAAAGUUUUAGUACAGUAUUUCUUCUCAAAACAGCUAUGGCAAAAUUGAGUUAAAAUGCCAUUAUCUAGUAUUGGCAGGUCAGUCUUUGAAAAUAAAAAAUUUUACAUGUGAAGAUAAAUCUUAUAAUGCUAAUAACAUUUUAAAUAAUAUCACAGUCUCUUUAUGUUUAUUUUUUAAGACUCCCAAGCAGCACUCAAUAGGCCUGGGGGCCUCUCCCUACAAUCCUUGGGCAACCUGGUGAUGCUCAGGAAUUUCUUGGACUGCAACUGACUAUACUCAGAGGACCAUGUGAUGCCUGGGGUCGAACUGGGGUGGACUACAUGCAGGACAUGCACUUUAAUCCUUAUAAUGUCUUUCCAGUCCCUCACAGACCUUUUUU